AAGGCGGCGUGCGACGACCCGGAAAUACAUUUUACUCAAUGGUUUGAGGUGAGCAGAAGGGACAUGUUGUCCUAUUAAUUGUAGCUUAUGGGCGUCGAGGUCGUCCGCUGGAGUUAUAUUUAUCAUUUAGUUUAAAAGGAGCCUGCAUAACUUUGUGGAGACAUGGUGGGCUAUGACCCUGGUGCUCAGGGUGUAGCUGUCACCACAGAGGAGGCAGUGCUGGCUGGGUCAGCAUCUGGGAUGGUCACCAGAGCCCUCAUCAGUCCUUUCGACGUCCUUAAAAUCAGAUUUCAGCUGCAAAUAGAGGAUGUGUCUUCAAAAAGGCCAGAGGGGAAGUACUGGGGAAUCUUUCAGGCUUCACGCUGCAUUUAUUCAGAGGAGGGGCUCACUGCUUUCUGGAAGGGCCACAUCCCAGCGCAGCUCCUGUCCAUCGGCUACGGGGCUGUCCAGUUUGCCAGUUUUGAGUUCCUGACCGAGAUGGUCCAUAAGUCGACGGCGUAUGACAGCCGGACACCAGGGGUUCACUUUGUCUGUGGCGGCUUGGCAGCCUGCUCUGCUACCGUGGUUUGCCAGCCUCUGGACACGCUGCGGACACGCUUUGCAGCUCAGGGAGAGCCUAAGGUGUACAGGAACCUGCGACAUGCCGUCUCGACAAUGUGGCGCUCAGAGGGAGCGCUGACAUUUUACCGCGGCCUGUCUCCGACACUGCUGGCAGUGUUUCCCUACGCCGGACUGCAGUUCUUCUUCUACAACGUCUUCAAAAAGCUGCUGGACCCGCCACCCAAAACCGGAAACUCAGGAGGAAACUUUAGAAGCCUGAUCAGUGGCAGUGGAGCUGGAAUGAUAAGCAAAACACUCACAUACCCCUUUGACCUGUUCAAAAAGAGACUGCAGGUGGGGGGCUUUGAAGAAGCCAGAGUUCACUUUGGACAGGUGCGGAGUUACAGAAACCUGUUGGACUGCAUGGUUCAAAUAACCAAAGAGGAGGGCAUCCGAGGCUUCUUCAAAGGCCUCUCGCCCAGUCUGGUGAAGGCUGCGCUGUCGACAGGCUUCAUCUUUUUUUGGUAUGAAUUUUUCCUCAGUACAAUGCGUAAGAUCAAGGAGAGACAGGGAGCAAGCGGCGUCACCAAAGACCCAAGGGAAAGAUAAUGAAGGAGAGAAGUUAACAAUCACGCACAAUGGAAAUACACUUACACUCAUUAUGUUUGUUUGCACUGAACAAAUGUAUAUAAAGAUAGGAAAUAUACAACUUUCUUUUAUUUAUUUCUGUAUUUUUAUGGAUACCUGCUGUGACACGUAAGAUGUUAAAUUCAAAAUUGAACUUUGGGUGUUUGAAUGUUAGCCUUUUGUCAGUUCGUCAGUCAUUUAACCUUUGCUGUUUUUAUUGCACUUUGUCUGGCUUUUAGUCUUUGGGAAAAUUAAAUAAAUUGGGGAAAAAAAGGAAUUAGGCAAUGAUAUUGUACAUGUGUAUACACUAUUGUGGUAGGAAAAAACUACUCUGAAGGUGCACAUAAAUUAAAUAGGAAUUUUUAGAGUGAGCUGUUGUGAGCUAAUGUUGCGCUGACGUGUCCGUGAAGCCCUGUAUUUUUCCAAGUCAUUAUUUUUUAAAUAAAGUUAUUCAUUUUGUAAA